AUGAAUGUUUAUAUGCUCAACUGUGCCGGUCUCACUGUGCCGGUCUCACUGUGCUGGUCUCACUGUGUUGGUCUCACUGUGUCGGUCUCACUGUGCCGAUCUCGGUCUCACUGUGCCGAUCUCACUGUGCCGGUCUCACUGUGCCGAUCUCACUGUGCCGGUCUCACUGUGCCGAUCUCGGUCUCACUGUGCCGGUCUCACUGUGCCGAUCUCACUGUGCCGGUCUCACUGUGCCGGUCUCACUGUGCCGAUCUCAGUCUCACUGUGCCGGUCUCACUGUGUCGAUCUCACUGUGCCGGUCUCACUGUGCCGAUCUCACUGUGCCGGUCUCACUGUGCCGAUCUCACUGUGCCGAUCUCACUGUGCCGGUCUCACUGUGCCGGUCUCACUGUGCCGAUCUCACUGUGCCGGUCUCACUGUGCCGAUCUCACUGUGCCGGUCUCACUGUGCCGAUCUCACUGUGCCGGUCUCACUGUGCCGGUCUCACUGUGCUGGUCUCAAUGUGCCAAUACCUUUGCUGUGAUAGUGUUUGGCUCACAUUAG